GGACUAUUCUUUUCUAAACUCCACCUACCAAAAAUGGCUGAUGAAGAAAAGGAUGCCAUUUUAUGUGAAUUAUUUACAUGUCUUUCAAUGCUUGGAGAUUUAAGAAAGCAGUAUGACCAGUUAGUGAGUGAAGGUUAUAUUCAACUAUCAAAGGCAAGGUAUAACUUGGGUGUAUCAGCAGUUGGGUCUUUGCAAUAUCCAAACAAUAUGGCUCCUGUAGUGGGCUUGGAUGUAAGUGAUGAUGGCCAGUUGCAUAUAGCCCCCAUGACUGAAGAUUGUGAAAACAAUGAUGAGUUAGAUGUGAGAAAGCGUAGAGGAAGUAGUAAAAAAGAAAAGACUGAAAAUCGAUUAGGAAAAGCAGACCCUUUGUGUUGGUUCUCUGGUUUACCACCACAAUCAUUGAGAAUGUCCCAGCAACACUUCAAAAAAAGCAUCGAGAUCGCUGUUGAACUAGCAAACACACAGGCAAAGAUAAUUGAACUUCAAAGGAAACUCUCUAAUAAAGAAAUUGAAGUUAUAGCAUCAAUGUCAGAACAAUAACUGCUUUAUUGAACAUUGUCAAGCCAAUUAUUGAUGUUUAUAGAGUCACUAAUCAUA